AAUAAUAGGUUAGUGUUAAUUAUAGAUCAGGAUUAUCAUGCGAGGCUUAGAAAACAAAAAGCACGAGCCUUGGCGAGUGCUUUUUCGUUUUCGUGCCGAGCAUGAUAAACCUGAUCUAUAAUCAACACUAAUCUAUUAUUCUAUUUAUCCCACUUUUCAUUUUGCAAACCUUUUUGUUUAAACAAAAUUAGUUUGAUUAGAUAAUUUCGCUGGAUUUAUGGCGUCAUUUCGUCGAAAUAUUGACGUCAUUUCCUGCCGUUGAUUAUAGAUGAUAUUUAAUCAACGGGGAUUUAAAUUCGCUGUAAAAGUGGGAUACAAAAAUAUGUUUUGGUUGUAUUUACAUGGGAAACAGGGUAUAGCAUGUGAUCAAAGUUUACAUGGCAUUGUAUGACAGGUUAUAUACCAUUAAUUUGACGUGAUAUUUCACAGCCAACGCAAGGCCCGUAUUCACGGGAACGUAUCCACAUACGGAGAGCGUUGAUGAAGGCGCCAAAGUGCCGAGCGACGUACCUGACACCGAUCCUAUUUACACAUUCACGGCAACGGACGGUGACGGUGAAACGGUCUUCCUGACCUUCACAUAUGAUCCAUCGGACAGUAGUGACAUGUUUACUAUAACAGAAACCUCUGUUCCCGCCGGAACUACAAAGGCAGAAGUGUUCCUCAAGGACUUCAGAGAGUUCGACUAUGAAGACGAAAACCACUAUAAAAUUUACUGCGUUGCCAGCGACGGCGUCGCAAAUUCGUCUACCGCUGUCCUGCUCAACAUCCUUAUUGGUGACGUCGGUGAGGCGCCCACCAUUGACCCGCCUGAUCCGUCCUUGGAGUAUGAGGCCUCGGAAGGGCCGGCUGGUAAUAAAAUCGGCGACCCGACGUUCGUGAUUGUCGACACAGACAGCGCUGAGAUUCACAAAUGGACUGUCGUGGGUGGAACAGGUAAAGACUACGUUAACGUAAACGUUCUGAACGGCACGUUGAGUUUGAAAAAGAACUACGAUCGAGAAGCAACCACACCUUUACCGGACACGGUUGAUGUGCAAGUGAUGAUCGAAGACAGAUUUGGUCUCAGCUAUAACUUCACCUACAAUGUGACGUUCACGGAUACAAACGAUCAUAUCCCGAUCUUCAACAAGGCAGAUGCUUGGUUGGACGUAUCCAGAGAAAAUCUGACGCUCGGUGACGUCUUUUUGACGUUGAACGUAUCUGACGGUGACGCUGAGAGUCCUAACAACGACAUCACGUUGAUGCUGGAUAGCUCCAACGCCUACACGGACUACUUUGCUCUCAACGGAACUGACCUUGUGUACUCGAACACCUUUGACCUUGAAUAUGGAGACGGUCCUUUCUCUUUCUACAUCUUUGCUGUCGACGACGGCGCCACGCCCCAAACCGGAACUGCCACCAUCUCGUUCGGCAUACCGGAAGCGACGACGGCGUUACCGACGACGACGGACAUUCCCGACCAGGACACCGGCGGAGACGAGAUGUCGACCAACAACAACAUGGUUUACAUGAUGAUCGCCUGUGCGUUCUUGGCAGCACUGAUUGUCGGAUACCUUCUUGUGUUAUGCUGGAGAUGGCACACGUACGGACAGUGCCUUCCUGACAUCACCAAAGGGGGCGUGGACUGCUGCUCUUGUCCGAAAAAUGUCGAUGACGAGGAAGACGAGAUCAUCGCCAGCGUUCCAGUUGUCCAGGGAACAAAGAACGCUGACAUGCUGGGAAAGCAAUACGGAAAGUAAAGGCACAGGAACAAGCAUACGUCUUCGGAAGUCGUCCUUAAAUUACCUAAAUGUAGGACAAUUGUACAUAAACGUAAAUGCGCAGGUUUAUAACAUUUUCAAAAUCGCACGUUUUAUAUUUGCCGAUGUUUCGAUGAAUGAAGAUCACCUAAAGGAUUUACUAUCGUCGUAUCUUUUUUCCAAAUUUUAGUUGUCAUAGCAUGGUAUCCCUUCUGUCGGUACUUGAAAAUAUCCAAUUUAUGGCUCCGAAACUUUAGUGAAUAUACUUAUCGGUAAACGGCGCAUAAUUUUCGUUUUUUGGUUCCUUUGUUGCACGUUAAUUGCAUUGCAUACAAUAAUGAAUUGGAUUUGACCUACUACUUAGCAUUUUGUAAAUGAAACUGUUUAUAUUUUUUCUGUCCGUUUAAUUUUAAUAAAAGUUGAGAACAUUGUUAUUAGAUUAAAACUUAAAGCGUAAUUUUAGUAAGGUAACGAAAUUUUGUCGUUACUGUUCGAAUAUAAGAUGAUACGGAACUAAUAACUUCAUACAACGCUAGCGAAUGUUGACAAUAAUUUCUUCCUUGGCCAUGUUUCUAGAGUUUCAUUAUUCCUAUGUAUUUUAUCCUUUCCGAUGGUUAAUAGAGAAUAUCAGUGACAUAAAACUGAUAUUUCACUGUAUCAAACAGUCGAAAAUAACAGUUAAAAUUAUGGAUAAUUUUCAUUGUUUUUGGAACUAUUUUUAGAUAUCUUUGGUUUCCCCAUUGUGACCCCAAAUUAAAGGCAAAUUUUACAAAGGGAGGCUUCUCUGCAUAGAUGUUUAUUAAACAUACCGAAGAGCUUCCUUUUAAAAUACAUGGGGUGCGCCCAACGGAGAAUUAUAUUGUCCGGAAUGGAAAAAAUACAAAAAUAAUCAUUUGUUAGCAUAAAAUAAAAAGAAAAUGUCUAAGCUUUUUAAUAAACUUUUUAGAAAGCUUUUUUUAAAAACCUGUUUUCUAUAUUUGUCUCAGUUUUAGACAUUUGACUAUGAUAGUGUGUGCAUAUAAGUGAACAUGUGUUGGAUAAAAUUAGAUAAUGUAUGGUAUCAUAUAUGUGAUGUCUAUUUUCAUAUUUUCUGCUAUAUCUUUACUUAAAUUUGAUUAGCAUUUAUAUGUUAUACAAAUCUCAUCUUAAGUUGCACAUAAUUUUUGUUAUUUGAAAUACACUUUCAUAUUGUUGUAUUUAUAUAUGUUUUGUUAUGUAAUCUUUUUUACUUGUUAUCUGACUAAAUGAUACGGAUAAAAGCACUAGUUGUUACCCACUGUUGUAUUACUUCACUGCAAUCUGGUUUUGAAACUAUCUUGUGACAAUGACAAUAA